ACCCGAGGGUCAGUUGGAGCCUCCACCUGUUGGCCGACAGUUAGUAUUUAAACCAAACGGUUUUGCGCAUCGUGAAAAGUGGCGGGUUUUGCUGAUGUUUCCCUCGUCUGGUCUUUUUGCUGAUAUAAAUUGUCCUUUCUCAAAACGUGGGCUUUGUGAGCGGCCUCACUGUUUGUACAAACAUGCCACAGAACUGCGGGAUAUGUUUGGUGCCUCGUAUAAAUCACCGAUAGUUGACUUUGCAGGAGUCCACAAUGGCUAUCCGCAUGCUGCCUGUGGAGCACGAGUUAAUGAUGAGACUAAAGAUGACUGCCUCCAGGAGCUGGAGCGGAUCAACAAGGAGAUUGAAACUGUAAGGCACGAAGUGGAGCAGGAGCAAAGGCGACUGUCACGCUACCAGACUGUACAGGCAGGCAGCAGAAACACUGAGCCUAAUUCCUCUGUUCCAAAGUCUGAGACUGCAGGUAAAAAUACAGACAGAGGUUCUUGUGAACUGUCUAAAAGCACAAACUUUACUAAAACGUACUCCCGAGCAAGGAAGUACGUGGUUGACAACUCAAAACCAAGGACUGAUUUGGAGUACGACCCUCUGUCCAACUUCUCUGCUGGCUUGCGGUCUUACAGCUCAUCAGGUAAAGAGCAAAAAGUGAAAAACGGACAAGGUUUGAAAAGGGCAAGAAACGCUGUACCUUGUGACCAAAAGAAGCCAGUCAAAUAUCAGGAUCAGCCACUUGAUGACUCAAAUGAAGACAGCGUCCUGAUUAUUGACGUUCCUCCCUUGCCUGACAAAAAGAGAAGGCGAGCUCAGAAACCUGUUGAUUCUCUUGCUGGCAAAUCCCUCCAGGAUAAACUAGAGGAAUUGAAGGAGGUCAAAACAGCGCCUAUUUUACUUGAUUCUCCACUGCUGCACCUUGCAAAAGCUGAGACAUCUCCACCUGCAUCAGCGGUAGAAGAAAAUAGAGUUUAUAGUGAUUGCGGUGUUGAAAACGAUCAAGGGCCAUCUAAUCUUUAUGAGAACAAAGAAUGGAAAAAUAUACCCGUUGAUGGGAGUGUAAUUGACUUCACUGAAUGUUUAGAAGACCUGGCGACUGAAAGUCAGAAAAUUACUCACUUUCAGGCCGCUGAAACAGUAGUGGAGAAAAGUCCUGAACCUGCAAGUCCUCCUGCCGUUACAGACAGGCAAGAUCAAAACUGGAACAAUCUGGUGGUGGAAAAGGAAGAAAACAAGUUUCAGGUUGAAUUGCCUCAGUGUGAGCUGCCCCAUAGUGUUGAGAAAAUGAAUCCACUGCAGCCACAUCAUUUCCCACCAAAGAAUUCACUUUUUUAUAAAGCGCCAGCUGCUAACUCAGACUCACCGUGCAGGCAACACACCAAGCAAGCCCAGACAACAGAGCAGCCAGCUCAGAACAGAGUUAGUAAUCAGUGGUCUUCCACAAAAUGUGUACCAUCAGUGCUGCCACACAGCCAGAAAACAUCAAGCAAAAUGCCAGGACAGAUGCAGGGUAAAGCUACGCCACCCGAGAGCUACCUGGGGCCGGCAGAACCAGCUUCAGGCAGCAGCCAAGGUCAGGCUCGGCACAAUUCAUCAGCAUCGAGUUUGACAAACAGAGAUGAAUCGUCAUCCGCAUCAGCUGGGCCGCUUUUGGUGAAAGCGGAUACUGAGGAGUUUAUAAUCAUUGAUUCCACCUCUGAUGAUGAAGAUGAGCUCAACUAUUCAGAAGUGGAGCUGUCUGACAGUGACCCAAUGGAGGAAUGCUACAGGAUCUUCAUGGAGGCAAACAACGAGCAGGAUAAGGGAAAUGAAGAGCAGCCCGAUGUAUCUGUUGGAGCUAUGGAUGUGGAGAAGCCGGAGUUAAACAUCAAAGCCCAAGCAUCGUCAGGAAAGAAGAGGGUGGCUCAUGAAGCCAAACAUACAGAGCAGCCGGUGGCUAAGAGCAGACCUCAGCCCCAGGUGCUGGUCCCCCUACGUGGCCCUGUGGUGUCAGGAUUUUCCUCCCAGCCCUCUAUCACCUCCAAGAUCCAGCAGGUACAGCAGAGAGCCUCCAUGCUGACUGCUUCAGUUAAAGGUAGUCAGGCUUUUGUUUCCUCCACCUGUCAGAGGAAGCCAGAGACCCAGAGUGCUCCUUCUCCUUCGACUCAAACCCCUGAAAACCUGCAGCCUGCGCCUGUGCAAAAUGCUUACUACAACUACAUACCUUUGGGACCUGCUGUGAUCGAAGUGGGCAACAACUUGCACUUGAUCCUCCCAGAGGGCACCUUCCCUCUGCCUGUCACUUCCAGCUCCAGCCAAGUUACUUCAGUGCUAACCCCAAUCAGUCAAGUGCAUAUGAACGCUGUCGCCGUUAAACAAACCUACCACUCGCCUGCAGUUACCCCUGUGCAAAGAUACCGCACAACAGCACCUGUGCUCAUUCCUGCGCCGGCACGUAAACCUUCACUAACCUCUGCCUUUGCGUUGGCACAUUCAAAUCCAGCCGUUUCCACUCCUCAAGCUGCUGUCCAUGCUACUGUUAAGCCAGUGCCUACUAAACGUAAAUUGAAGCAGCAGUGUGAGGCCGCCAAAGACAAAGUGCCCCAUGACAUCCGACAGCGAUAUAUCAACAUGUUUACAGAGGAGUUCCUCAAAACAACAGCCAAUGUUAACGAUGCCUUUGAAAAGGCUCUUGCUGAAGAGAGGACUGUGUAUAAUCGCAGUGUGAACAAACUCAAGUAUCUGAGUGUUGCAGUGAAUGCACUGAAGAGGCUGAAGAACCAAAGUGCUGUUGCUGCUAAAGAUGAAAAUGACGUCAACAGCCAAAGAUUCAAAGGCAACAUUCCACUUAACCUGAAGAAGUUUAAAGGAAACGCAGAUGAUAUGGCAUUGUAUGAAAGUUUGAAUGACUACAUUUUGACUGAGGGAAGGCUGAUUGAGAGCAACUAUCCUGUCCAGCACCCAGAGAAACCUGGUUGUGCUGUUCUUUUUGCGGACAAUAAGAAAUGCAACACAGACCCCCUCAAGAGGAUCUGCUGUCGAUGUGGGGCUACGUACUCUGUGAGUCAAACGGGCAAACACACCCGCAAGGACGAGUGUAAUUACCACUAUGGGAAAGGAGUUAAGAAUAAAGUGCCGGGUGGAGUGGAGACCCGCUACAGUUGCUGUGAGGGAGUCAUGGGAGCACCUGGAUGUCAGGUGUUUAAGUUGCAUGUCCAUGAUUCCCUCAGCCUGGAUGGGUUUGUGUCGACCGUCCCCAGACAUCCCUCAGAUACGAGCUGUCCUGGUGUCUACUCCUUGGAUUGUGAAAUGUGUUAUACCAUUCAUGGUCUGGAGCUGUCCAGAGUGACGGUUGUCAACUCUAGUCUGCAAGUCGUCUACGACACCUUCGUCAGACCUAAUAAUGAGGUCAUCGACUAUAACACCAGGUUUUCAGGCAUCAGUGAGGAAGAUGUGAAGGGUAACCACACCUCCCUCAGAGAGGUGCAGGAGACCUUAUUGAGCUUCAUCAGUGCCGACACCAUUCUGAUUGGACACGGCCUGGAAACAGACCUCUGUGCCCUGAAGUUGCUCCAUGGGAAGGUUGUGGACACAUCAGUGGUCUUCCCCCACCGUCUGGGCCCCCCUCACAAGCUGACCCUCAACAACCUCACUGCUGAAUACCUCAGGAGGAUCAUCCAAGAGAGUGUUUGUGGCCACGACACUGCAGAAGAUGCUGCUGCCUGCAUGGAGCUUAUGUUAUGGAAGGUUAAAGAAGAUGGAAAACUGAAAAAAUGAUGGAAAUAAAACAUAAUCUACACACUGGUCAUACAUGGGGAAAGAAAGAUGCUGUUAUGCAAAUUUGAAUGUCACAUUUAUUUGUAUGAAGCUCUGUUCUGAUGACAUGGGAGGGCUGUUUAUUUUUUUAGUUUAAUUACAUCACUUGAUUUAUGUUAAUAUUUUCUGCAUGUUAAAUUUUUAUUUGCAGCCCAUGUGUCUAUGCCUGUAAAUAUUUGUGAUCGCACUGUUGUGUGCUGAGAAAACAUGAAGGGGUGGGGUAUUAUCCAAGUAAAGGCACAUAAUGAAAUCCC